AUGAGUGUGAAUGAUAUUGUUACUUGUGGUGCAACCCCUUUGGGUUUUGUUGACUACUUUGGUUGUAGUCGUCUCGAUGUUGACCUUGCGGAAAAGGUCAUUCGAGGGAUUAAUGAUGGCUGUCGGCAAUGCGGCUUUCCUCUUACAGGAGGAGAGACUGCAGAGAUGCCUGACUUUUUUGCUAAGGGUGGAUACGAUCUUGUUGGGACUGCAGUAGGCGCAGUGAAGAAAGCUUCUGUUAUAGACGGGAAAAACAUAGUGGCUGGAGAUGUUCUUAUUGGUCUUCCUUCUAGCGGUCUUCAUUCCAAUGGUUAUUCUUUAGUUAGAAGGGUAGUGGUUCAAAGCGGUUUUUCGUUGAAAGAUCAACUUCCAGGAGGGUCAACUAGCCUUGGUGAAGCUCUAAUGGCACCUACUAUCAUUUAUGUGAAACAGGUACUAGACCUGAUCAGCAAAGGAGGAGUGAAGGGGCUAGCCCAUAUAACGGGUGGAGGUUUCACUGACAACAUUCCCCGAGUCUUACCGGAUGGUUUGGGUGCUGUUAUUCACACCGAUGCUUGGGAAGUUCCACCUUUGUUCAAUUUUAUCCAGAAGUAUGGGAAUGUAGAUGACUCUGAGAUGAGAAGGACGUUGAAUAUGGGAAUUGGGAUGGUUAUGGUGGUCAGUCCUGAGGCAGCAAUGAGAAUAUUACAAGAAGUAGAGGAUGGCAACUAUGUUGCGUAUCGCAUCGGACAAGUUACCAGCGGUGAAGGCGUAACCUCUCACUAA